UCUGAGUGCGCGCGUCCGGUUUUGUGCUAGAGCAACGCGUGAGCAGAGAGAUUCGCGCUCGCGCAUUGCAUUAAUGUGCUUUCGCUCUACAUUAAUGCGCUUUCGACAUUUGUCAGUAAAAUAAUGCCAUGAACAUGAAAUGGAUUUGACGUUCUCUCUCAUUGUACUGUUUGCGUACAUAGGGCUACGCGGCGUUUAUUCCGAGAGACACCAUCUCCUGUUUGUUUACACCUCCCUCAGCAAACCUGAUGGAGUCUCUGGUCCUGUGUUCAGUGCAGUGUGUCUGUAUGACGACAGAUGGAUCUCUCACUACAGUAAUGAAGAACAAACCUGGAACAGAGAUCGUUUUGAUGCAGAAAUCUGGAGAUAUACCAAAGAACCUCAUGAAUCUAGAGACUGGUUCAUAAAUCUGCUUAACACUCUGGCAAACUGCACAAGCUCCGGAUGUGAUGGCCUCCAUACACUACAGAGGAGAGUCGGCUGUGAGGUGGAUAAACAUCCAGAUGGAGCAGUGAUGAAUGUGAAUGCAUUUGAUGAGUACGGAUAUGAUGGAGAGGAUUUUAUUUUCUUUAAUUAUUACACAAUGCAGUGGAUUGAUAAAAGUCCAAAGGCAAAAGAAACCAAAAUGAAAUGGGAUUCUGACAGAGUACACAAUCAUCAUCUCCAGUUAUACCUCAAAGACUGCAUGGACUGGAUCUCCACAUUUAAUGCUUUGAUAAGCACUCCUCCAGCUCUUCACAUGUUUGCAUCUGCAGCUCCUCAUGACCAAAGCGAGCUGAUUCUGACCUGUCUGGCCACUGGCUUCUCCCCCAAACUCACAGAGAUGAAGAUCACGCUAAACAACAUCACACUCCAACCCUUCAGCUCUUCUGGAGUCAGACCCAAUGAUAACCAAAGCUUUCAGAUGAGAGCCAGUGUGAAGAUACAAAGAGAUGAGAAACAGGGCUAUGAGUGUCACGCCCUUCACAGCGGUCAGACAUUUACAACAACAUGGGAUGGAAGUCUGGAAUCUAGAAGUCAUCACUGGGCAGCAGUAGCCGCAGGUGCUUUUGCGAUUGCAGUUCUAUGCAUCAUGUCUUUAAUCUACAAAAACAGAAGGUUCAGUGGCCAGAUGAACCGCAGCGUGAGAACAUCACCUCAAGAGAGACACCAUCUCCUGUUUGUUUACACCGUCCUCACCAAACCUGAUGGAGUCUCUGGUCCUGUGUUCAGUGCAGUGUGUCUGUAUGACGACAGAUGGAUCUCUCACUACAGUAAUGAAGAACAAACCUGGAAAAGAGAUCGUUUUGAUGCAGAAAUCUGGAGAUAUACCAGAGAACCAGAUGAUUCUAGAGACUGGUUCAUAAAUCUGCUUAACACUCUGGCAAACUGCACAAGCUCCAGAUGUGAUGGCCUCCAUACACUACAGAGGAGAGUCGGCUGUGAGGUGGAUAAACAUCCAGAUGGAGCAGUGAUGAAUGUGAAUGCAUUUGACGAGUAUGGAUAUGAUGGAGAGGAUUUUAUUUUCUUCAAUUAUUACACAAUGCAGUGGAUUGAUAAAAGUCCAAAGGCAAAAGAAACCAAAAUGAAAUGGGACGCUGACAGAUUACACAAUCAUCAUCUCCAGUUAUACCUCAACGACUGCAUGGACUGGAUCUCCACAUAUAAUGCUUCGAUAAGCACUCCUCCAGCUCUUCACAUGUUGGCAUCUGCAGCUCCUCAUGACCAAAGCGAGCUGAAUCUGACCUGUCUGGCCACUGGCUUCUCCCCCAAACUCAUAGAGAUGAAGAUCACGCUAAACAACAUCACACUCAAACCCUUCAGCUCUUCUGGAGUCAGACCCAAUGAUAACCAAAGCUUUCAGAUGAGAGCCAGUGUGAAGAUACACAGAGAUGAGAAACAGGGCUAUAAGUGUCACGUCCUUCACAGCGGUCAGACAUUUACAACAUCAUGGGAUGGAAGUCUGGAAUCUAGAAGUCAUCACUGGGCAGCAGUAGCUGCAGGUGCUUUUGCGAUUGAAGUUCUAUACAUCACGUAUUUAAUCUAUAAAAACAGAUGGUUAAAUGGCCAGAUGAACCGCAAUAGUUCCACCACAGAACAGCGUGACAACAUCACCUCAAGGUCAGCGGAUCCUCUGACUGCAAGUGAUUCUCAUGAAAACAAUGAACUACUGUAGAUACACACUGAUAAGCAGGAUCCUGGAUGUGUCAUCUACGAUCUUAUCAUGUCUGUUGUUUAAUGAGUGAGUAUCACUCACUCACUCUGCAGAUACUGCACAAAAACAGUUAAUUAUGCUCAUUCAUUUUUAACUUUAUUUUUAGCAAUAUUAGCUUUUUGAUUAGGAUUAAAGGGCAGUUAUAUAUACUACAGAUCCUAUUACUAUUAUAAUUUCUUGCUUAAAUUUUAUGUGCCGUCUUGCCAUUGUCAUCAGAACGCUGAAUUGCUACAUGUUCCCUUUCAAAAAAACACAGCAAAGCUAUAUUAUUAGUUUUUCUCAAUCACUUUGGCUCAAAACAUUAAGUUCAGAUGUCUAAACAGUUUCUUGUUCACAUCAUAUUUGAAUUUCUUAUUGAUUUAAGCAGAUUGAACAUAUUUUGGCACGUGUGCAAAUGAGGAAGUACGAUUGUCUAAAAUUUGCACAAUUACUAAAUGCACAUGGCUUGUUGAUGAAAACUGACGAGUAGAUUCCCAGUGAAACUAUCAAAGUUAGAAAUGACACUACAUUAUAUAAAUCAGAGUUCCAGAAGGAGUCACCUCUCAUCUUGACAAACCACGUGAAUGAAUGAAAGGGUACGUCGGUCUACCUCAGGGGUUGUCAAUGUGUGGGGUACGAAGGCAUAACAAAUAAUUAUUGAUUAUUAAUUUGAAUCAUUACAUUACAAUGAAAACAAUACCUUAAAAAUGGAAAGAAGCAGGUUUUUACGAUCAGAUCAUUUUAAACCGGAAAACUCCUGGAAAGUCCAAGGAUCCAAUAAACGAAUUUAAGUAAUAUGUUCAAAACAGCGCUAAUACAGAGAAUAGUGACUCAUGUCCAGGUGUCAGUAAAUUAUUUGGCCUAAAAGCAAGCGUGUGUUAUAAUGGACACUGGCUGAAGGUGUUUUAGAUUAUGCGGUGGUCAGUGGUUUAGUGAUUCUGAAUGGAUCCGUAUACAGUCAGGUCAAGGCAGGAGGUUUAGUGGUCUUUAGCGUCUCCCUGUGGUACUGUUUGGUAUCACAGCUUGACUUGUGCUUAUUUUUAUUGAAAAUGUUUAUUUAUUAUUGUGAAAUUAUGAAAAUCUAAAUAUAUUUAUUUAAUAUAUAAAUCCAAUCAGUAAGUACCGGCACUUCAUUUUUUCCACUUCGAACA